AUGGAAACGUUGUUCCAAUUCCUGUCAUGGAUCUCCGUCCCCGCGCUCCAUUUAAAGAAGAUAAAUAUCUCCUUGAUUGGUCGUCUUGACAGGAAGGUCCAAUCUGUGCCUUUCAAUAAUCCCUUCUCUCCAUCGCCCAUCACGGAAGCCUGCCUCGAACGCAUUCCGUAUCCUUAUCUCCCUAUAAGCCUGGUCGACGUUCAAAAGUUCCAUGUAUAUUCAUACCACUCUCUAGAGAUAUAUAACAUACUCCAACAAUCACGGCAUCUCACGGAAGUCGUCAUUACACCAGCCCCACCUUCCGUUUCCCUCAAUAUCAACCCGCUAGCAGUUGCCUGCGCGCGCCUGGAUCACAUAUCUCUUCGACAACUCUCAUUCGUUCUCACGCGAGAAAAUGCGCGUCAGGUCACCAAAAUUCCGGUAGCUUUGGACUACCUGACCCUUCCGGCGCUUCAGAAAUUUCAUAUUCUCACUCUAAAAACCGAGCUACUGCCAGGUAUCCUCCCAGGAAAGUUGGAGCCCGUCGAAUACUCCCGUAUCGUAAACCUUCUCCAUCGCUCAGAAUGCAAUUUGACUGAAAUCACCUUCUCGGUGCCCGUACCCGUCAACAACUUCCUCAUCCCUAUCCUGAAACAAUCUCCAGCUCUCCAAAAUCUUGACACAUUCGUCGACACUGAAAUAACAGGCGGCGUGUUUCGAGUGUUAACUCUCUCGGAAGGGAAUGUUCCAAACCUGAAAACGCUACGGAUUGAGGACGUUCCAUGCGGAAGAGCGAUGAGUGGUCUGUUGCAUGAAGGGGAUGCCUUUCAUGAGAUGGUCACUUCGAGAUUGGCAGCGGAUAACCGCCUAGAAAGAUUAAGGAUCUCAUUAGGGACCAAGUGGUUUCACCAUCGGCAAUUUAUUCCUGUUGCGCAGAACUCACGCAUCCGUAAUUUGCUCAAGAUGAAGGAGGAAGGACUAGACGUCGAGUUUUUGUUGGAUAGGACGGACUGCCUUAUUGAAGGAGAUGCACGCCAUGGACUCUUUGGUUCAAUGUAA